UCAGCUCCUCCUCCGCGUUGCGCUGCGCAAGCGCCAACGGCCUGUGGUGCGCGCGCGGAUUUGAAUGUGCCCCGGUAUUUUUCACGAUAAUGGAUCGGAGCCGUGGGCCGAAUGUUCGGCUUAGGGAGGCGAGCGUUAACACGGAGUCGCUGCAGGAAGCGGUCGAGUACUUUACCACUGUGGAGGAGAAAAAUCCAUCAAAAGGAAUUCUUUAUCUGGAGACAAUUGAAGGCAUUGCUUUUGAGAAGGGUUUGCUACCGGAUGUGAUUGAAGCACUUCUGGAUGUGGCUAUGAGUGCCAGACUAGUUGACAGGCUUAAUACACGCAUCUUAAGAUGCCUUAUUCCUGCAUCAGUAGUUCCUGAAAAUGCAGUGACUAAAGCCAUCUCCUGGAUAUGUACAAGGAAACCUAGUGUUAAUGUCCAGGUACUAUUUUUCAAGUGGUUGUUAGCUGUGUUUGAUCUGUUGGAUUCAAAGAAACAUAUACAUUCAUUGUACGGCAUGAUUUUCUUCUUCCUUCAGAAUGACAAACUGUGCCCAUAUAUAUGUCACCUAUUGUACCUGUUGACAAAAAAGGAAAAUGUUAAACGAUUCAGAGUUAAGAAGCUAAUAGAUCUACAGUCCAAAAUGGGAAUGCAGACACACUUGGUGGCCCUUCUCUUGUUGUAUAAGAUCCAUGCACCUGAAUAUGUUUCUUUGACAUUAUCUGGAAAACCCAAAAAUUUUCAUGAGUCUCGUUCUCCCUGGAAAAAAUUCAUUGAAAGGAUCCAAAACAAUGGUCACAGGCAGUUGUCCAAAACACGAGGUUUGGUAAACUUAAUAGAGCCUCCAAUGCAAAAAAGGAGGAGAAAGAUGCAUCAAGAAAUUAUCCCAAGUAUCAGUAGUGCUGCAUACACGACUGAACUGCCUUGUUUCCUAAUUCAGAGCAAAACCUUUCCUUUGGAGCAGUUAACCACAUUCUCUCAACUACUGCAGAACUUUGAUUGGAUUGAGUUUCCAGCACAGAUGGGUUCAGUGCUAAGGUCUCCUCUAUUACUUCAUUACAUUAAUUGGGUAAAAGAUGAUUCCGCCUUUCUUCGUCUGGAUUUUUGGCUGGCUCAAACUCUUCAGGAGGAGUUUGCAGACUGCAAAGGGGACUCUUUGCAAAAGGAGGAGGAAUUCAAGAAGUUUUUAAAUAUCAUCAUUAGAACUCAGGAAUUUCUACAAGAAGGCUUCUCCUGCUGUGAGGAUUUUGUGUUCAAGAGCUUAUCCCUUUGGGAUAGUUUUUGGUGUAGCUCUCAGAUCUUUGCCUUGCUUACCUGGAUUCCACCGAGUUCUGAUAUUAUUUCCCUUUAUUUUGAUCCAUUACGGAAACUGUUCUUCACUUCCUCAGUUUAUUUCAAGUGCAGUGUGAUUGAGAGCAUCACCAACCUACUGGCAAACUGGCUGACCUGGUACUCUUUGUAUGUGACAGAGAUGGAUAGAGAGUCUCCCAGUGAUUCAGAGAGUCCUCUGAGCUCCUUCCUUUCUGGAUUAAUGAAUUCUGUGGUUGAUCUUGUGGAAUUUAGUGCAAGAAUGUUUACGGUAUCGCUACAGCUAGAAGCUUGCAACAGUCUGUUGUUGCACUUCAUCCUCAACUUCUAUGAGAUGGUUUCCGAGAUGUAUUUGAAAUAUGGUCUACCCAUGGUAAUUAUGCCACCCGAUGGUAUCUUCUAUCCAGCACUACUGAGUUUGGAAUCAGUGACUCUGAAUCAGCUGUGCCAUAUUAUGCAUAGGUAUCGUACAAAUCUUGUAGCUUUGAAGUCUUUGGAUCCAAGCAAAAAUCUGCAUAUGGGAUUAAAGGUGAACAGGAAAACAUUUCAGCAAUACAAUUCAUUUGUGAAAGCAGCAGUCAGCUGUUUGUGGACAUCUGAAAACUUUGUGCAAGAUAUUUGCCUGAUGGGUAUUGGGAUUGAAGACGAUCUGUUGGCACAAACUAAGAUUACAGAUUCCAAGGACAGCUUUACUAUUGUUAAUCAUCCAGCACUCAUGGGGCAUGCCAUAAAUUUUGUCCAGAAGGGUUGGCCUAAUGAAAAGAAACGAUUGCGUGUAAUUCAGGGAAAAGUGUGGAACUGGUAUGUGAAAUAUCUGUACAACCAAGGGCUUAAUGGACUUAAAUACUUCCUUGAAGGCAGCACCCGUAUGUCAUCCAGCUCAAGACAUUAAGCUACAGCAUCGCACUGCAGAGAUCUGCAUAUUGAGUGAUAUCGCAGCACUUAAUUACUCUUUGCUUACAUACAGGCUGUCCAUCUGCUUUACAAAUAAUUACACAUGCAAUGUGUUCGGCAUCAGAAUUAAUGAAUUGUAAUAUUGAAUGAAGGAUUUGGUAAAGCCUCCAGAAAGGAAACUUGUCUUCAUGUUAAUCCAAACACAUCCUUCUUGCAAGUUGGCUAUUAAGGAACUUGAAGUCUGCAAAGGAUAUUAUAGAAGCUAGAAUGCACCGUGUUAUAUUGAAAGGUAAACUGUGAUGAUCUCUCAUUAUUGAGAAGGAUGAUACCAGUAAGGGUACCUGUAAUGUAAAACAUUGUGCUAUUUUGAAAAAUCUGCAAGUGUGUAAAUAAGAAAUAGUAGAGACUGGUAGAAAUUGUCAAGUGGUUGAGAAUGGUACUGGACAAGAUAAUCAUUCUGAGAAUACCUUAACUUUCAGAUACUAUGGUCACAAAUAAUUGAGCCACAGACUUAAUAGAAAAAUGAUUUAGUAUUCUCUGGCAUUGCUUGUUUCUUUGCGAGGCAUGGAUGAUUGCAAGAGUUUUCUGAACUGAAAUGCUACUGUGGCAAAUAAUAUUGGAAUACAAUAGAAAAGGGCACAUGGAAUACAAGUGAAAAGAGUGCAUAAUUUUUCAACAUCAAUGAGGAGAAUCUAAAGAGUGUGUGCUGAGGGUAUUGUUAAAUGUUUGCAGAAUGUUUUUGUGACUUUCCCCACUUGUGACUGCAGUGUUUUAACUUUUAUUAAUAGCAGCAUCUUCAAAAAAACAAGUUUUAUACACGGAAUAUCAGAUAGGGAAAGCAUUUUUCUUCCAAAUAUGUUGUAAUUUCAAUAGAAAUUUAUUUCUAACAAUUAAAGAAGGCUCUGAAACAGAUCUUGAGAGUCACUUUAGAUGUUGAAGCCUAUGGUUGUCUUAAGUUGAAAAGGAGUUCUUUUUAAUAAAUGUAAAAAAAUGUAUUUUUAUUCCUUGAAUAGAUGAAUGUUAUAUUAAAGCGUCCUUUAAGCAUACUGUAUAAAAAUGAAUUGUGCAGGAAUGCCUUUGCUCAUUUUCUUAUUGGUAUAUCUGUGGUUCCAGCAACUUCUUAUUUUAAAUACUGCAUUUAACGGCAAGGAUGAUGACAGGGCUGUAGUAUAUUUACCUGACACAUGUUCUGAAUUCAGUUCCCACUGCAGUUAGAAAGAAAAAGGCAUUGAUGGAGGAAGCAAAAUUUCAUUUUUUUCCCUCCCUCGGCCCAGGGAUUCAUAGCUUCAGCAAUAGAAGUAGGCCACAUGGGCCUUCCAGGCUUCUCUACCCAAGACUCGAUUGUGACUGAUCUGCCUUCAACUUCACUUUGUUACUCAAUACGUACAUCCCCUGCAUUCUAAAGAUAUCUUCACUUCAGCCUUGCACAUAUAUUCAGCAUCUAGGUUCCAAAGAUUCACAACCUCCCGCAUGAAGAAAUUCCUCCUAUCAUCAGACCAAGAUGCCCAAGUACUUACCUUGCGACUCUGUUCUUAGAUUUUGACUCUGACGCAGGGAAAUAAUCUGUUCGCUGCCCAAAUAAGCCCCUUUAAUAUCUUCCAUAUCAGGUGGAAUAUAAGGUUAUUGUAUGUCCUUUCUAGUCUAACCAGGAAUCAAUCCAGUAAAUAGAAAAUGCUUGAAAUACAUUAGGGACCUAUAUGAAGAAAUAAUAAAACAAUAUUUCAGAUUAAUUCCCUUUUCAUCAGAAUUGGAUCAAUUUAUUAAAGCUUUGUCCACUGCUUCCAUGUCAGGAGUUUAUAUCUAGAUGGAAAGAUCUUGCCAACAACCUCUUCUACUCUGCCUGUCAAAAUAGAGAUCAGCAAAACUUUUGCCGAUGUUGUAGAUGUCAACCUGAAUAAAUUUAAUCCUGAAGAUUUAUAAGAAGUACUCAAGCUGUUUUAAUUUAUACAUGUUCUGAUAAUGCCUGGCAUUAUGUGUGUAUGUACAGAUUUAACUAGGUAUUUAAAAUAGUUUCUGUUUCUAAUUCUAGUUUAUUUCACUAGCACUUAAAUUACUUAGUCCUGACAAAUUUAAAUUUACAAUUGGAACAGUUCUGACCCAUAGAGGAGGAGUGGGUCUUUCUGCUGUUGCUUUAAAUAAAAGCAGAAUACAAUGAAGAUACAAAAAUUCAUUUGUAAUAUUUGUAAAACAAAAUGGUAAGUUAGCAAAUCUAUUUUACAGUUUGUGUAAAUAACUCAAAAGAAGGCAGCAAAGGUGUAUUUGCUAAAUUUAUUAAUGACACAAAGUAGGAAUUUAAUGCUAACAUUGUAUUUGCCUUCCUUAUUACCGACACAUCUUCUAAGUUAACCUUGGAGAAUCCUGCAUUAGAACUCUGAAGAUGCUUUGCAACUCCAAUUUCUGAAUUUGCUCCCUAUUUAGAAAAGUCUACACAUUUAUUCCUUUUGGUAAAAUGAAUGAUCAUCCAUAUCAUAACAUUGUAUUCCGUCUGUCACUUCUUUGCCCAUUGUCCUAAUCUGCGCAAGUCUUUCUGCAGACUCCCUGCUUCCUCCACUAUGUGCCCCUCCACCACCUAUCUGCAUAUUUGGCCAUUUAGCCAUCAAUUCCAUCAUCCAGAUCAUUAACAUACAGUAUAACCUGAAAAGUAGCAAACCCAAUACUGACCCUUGCAGAACACCAGCAGCCAACCAUAAAAGACUCCCUUUAUUCCCACUCCUUAGUUGACUGGCAGAAGCCAAUCUUCUGUCCAUGCUAGUAUCUUUCCUGUAAUAUCAUGGGCUUUCAUGAGCUGUAGGAGAUGUGUGAGUUUUGUGAUGAAUAUUUCUCCUCUUUUUGCUGUGGAGAAAGACAUGAACAUUUGAGAACCUGAGACAGUUAAUGGUGAUGUCUUGCCGAUAGCUCAUAUUACAGAAAAGGGGGUGCUGCGUGUCUUAAAAUGUAUGAAGAGAAAUAAAUCUCAGGUUUGAUCAGGUAUAUCCAAGAAUGCUGUGAGAAGCUAGAGAAGAAAUUGUGAGAGUCCUGGCUGAGAUUUUAUGCAUCUUCAUUAGUGACAGUGAGGUGCUGGAGGACUGGAGGGUGGCUAAAGUGCCUUUAUUUAAGAAAUGCUGCAGAGAAAGACCUCGGAAUGAAAGACCAGUUAGCCUAAUAUCUAGUAGGUAAGUUAUUGACGGGGAUUCCGAGACAUAAGAUAUAUAUGCAUUUGGAAAGGCAGAUUGGUUAGAGAUAAUCUACAUGGCUAUGAGUGUGGGAUAUCAUCUGAUGAAUUUGAUUGAGGUAACCAAGAUGGCUGAUAAUGACAAUGCAGUAAA